GCCCGCGCUAUCCAACUGGAGGGAAACCCUAAUUGCUAUAUUCAAAUACAUCCCAUUUCUUUUUCUUCCACACAGACACAGUGUUCCAGACUACAAAUCUACAAUCAUCGCUUGCUAGCAUACUGCUGUUGGUUAGCUUAGUUAUAAUCUGUGCUAAAACAUGUAUGUGGUGAAGAGAGAUGGGCGUCAAGAGGCUGUGCAUUUCGACAAAAUCACAGCCCGACUGAAGAAAUUGAGUUAUGGACUCAGUAUCGAUCAUUGUGACCCUGUUCUUGUUUCGCAGAAGGUCUGUGCUGGUGUUUAUAAGGGUGUAACCACCAGCCAGUUAGAUGAACUCGCCGCAGAAACCGCCGCCGGCAUGACUGCCAACCAUCCUGAUUAUGCUUCUUUGGCUGCAAGGAUUGCUGUGUCAAAUCUGCAUAAGAACACCAAAAAAUCAUUUUCCGAAACAAUCAAGGAUAUGUACAACUAUGUAAGUGAGAGAUCUGGGCAGAAGGCACCCCUAGUUGCGGAUGAUGUUUAUGAAAUCAUAAUGAAGCAUGCUGCUAGGCUGGACAGUGAGAUUAUAUAUGAUCGUGACUUUGACUAUGAUUAUUUUGGUUUCAAAACUCUUGAAAGAUCUUAUCUCCUGAAGAUCCAUGGAAAGGUUGUUGAAAGACCUCAGCAUAUGUUAAUGAGGGUUGCUGUUGGAAUUCAUAAGAAUGAUAUUGAUUCUGUUAUCAAGACAUAUCAUUUAAUGUCACAAAGAUGGUUCACACAUGCAUCUCCCACCCUUUUCAAUGCAGGAACACCAAAACCCCAAUUGAGUAGCUGUUUCUUGAUUUGCAUGAAAGAUGAUAGCAUUGAAGCUAUAUAUGACACGUUAAAGGAAUGUGCUAUUAUUAGCAAACAAGCAGGAGGAAUUGGAGUGUCUAUUCAUAAUAUUCGUGCAACUGGAAGCUACAUACGUGGAACAAAUGGAACAUCAAAUGGUAUUGUUCCAAUGUUGCGUGUGUUUAAUGAUACUGCCCGUUAUGUUGACCAAGGAGGUGGCAAGAGGAAAGGUGCUUUUGCUGUAUACUUGGAGCCAUGGCAUGCUGAUAUCUUUGAAUUUCUUGAUUUAAAGAAGAACCAUGGAAAGGAAGAACAGCGGGCCCGGGAUUUGUUUUAUGCACUUUGGAUACCUGAUCUUUUUAUGGAAAGAGUCCAGAGUAAUGGAGAUUGGUCUUUAUUUUGUCCAAAUGAGGCUCCUGGUUUGGCUGAUUGUUGGGGUCAAGAUUUUGAAAAACUAUACACCCAAUAUGAAAAACUUGGGAAAGCAAAAAAAGUUGUCAAGGCACAAAAUCUUUGGUUUGAAAUUCUCACAUCCCAAAUUGAAACUGGAACCCCUUAUAUGCUUUUCAAGGAUACAUGUAAUAGAAAAAGCAACCAGCAGAAUCUUGGCACCAUAAAGUCUUCAAAUUUAUGUACUGAGAUUAUCGAGUACACAAGUCCAACAGAAACUGCUGUAUGUAAUCUUGCAUCAAUUGCAUUACCACGAUAUGUCAGAGAAAAGGGCGUUCCAGCAGAAUCCCAACCAUCAAAGCUUGUUGGCAGCAGAGGUUCUAGCAAUCGCUACUUUGAUUUUGAAAAACUAGCAGAGGUGACAUCAACUAUUACUACAAACCUCAACAAAAUUAUUGAUGUAAAUUAUUACCCUGUUGAAACUGCAAAAAGAUCAAAUCUUAGACAUAGGCCUAUUGGUAUUGGAGUCCAAGGUCUUGCAGAUACUUUUAUAUUACUUGGUAUGACAUUUGAUUCACCAGAGGCUCAACAGUUGAACAAGGACAUAUUUGAAACAAUAUACUACCAUGCCCUAAAAGCUUCUUGUGAGUUAGCUGAAAAAGAAGGCACAUAUGAAACAUAUGUUGGAAGUCCUGUUAGCAAGGGAGUUCUGCAACCAGACAUGUGGGGAGUAACACCUUCAGAUUUAUGGGACUGGAAUGCCCUUCGUGGAAUGAUAUCCAGGAAUGGAAUCAGGAAUUCCCUACUUGUGGCCCCGAUGCCGACUGCUUCAACCAGCCAGAUUCUUGGAAAUAACGAGUGUUUUGAGCCGUAUACCUCUAACAUCUACAGUCGCAGGGUUUUAAGUGGAGAAUUUGUGGUGGUCAACAAGCAUCUGUUACAUGACUUGACCGAAAUGGGGAUCUGGUCUCCUGCUGUAAAGAAUCAGAUAAUUUAUGAGAAUGGUUCUGUUCAGAAAAUUAUGGAAAUUCCAGAAGAUCUCAAGGCUAUUUACAAAACUGUUUGGGAAAUCAAGCAAAGGACAUUGGUUGACAUGGCUGUGGAUCGUGGAUGCUACAUUGACCAAAGUCAAAGUUUGAAUAUUCAUAUGGAUCAACCCAAUUUUGGGAAGCUUACUUCUUUACAUUUUCAUGCAUGGUCAAAGGGGCUGAAAACAGGGAUGUAUUAUCUGCGUUCACGUGCUGCAGCUGAUGCAAUUAAGUUCACUGUUAAUACUGACAUGCUCAAGGAAAAACCGAAGAAUGUGAGUGAUGAAGAUAAGAAGAAUACUGGAAUGUCUGAAAUGGUGUGUUCUUUGAUGAAUCGUGAUGAGUGCUUGGCUUGUGGAAGUUGAAGUUUUUGAAUUAAGGAAAAUGGUUUGAAUUUAACUUUCUGGUAAAGUUUGUACUUACAAGGCUUUUACUGUUUUGUAUAUAUGAAUGUUAUGUAUGAGCCAUUUUAAAAAAGGGGUAGUAUGAUUUAAAUAAAUAGUUGC